AGUACAGUGCAUACGCGAUUAAACUAUGCAGUCGCUCUUCACAAGAAAGAGUACAUUCCACUCCUGUCUUUAUUAUUAACUGUUUGUGAGGCGUUUUCUCAUCACCUACCACUGAUAAUCCCACCCUUCCUUCCUGCAUCCCCACCAUUCUGUAUGUUGCCAUUCUCUCUCUCUCUCUCUCUCUCUCUCUCUCUCUGCCAGAACAGCAUUUCUGGGUUAGGGUUCUUAAUGUCUGAAAGCACCAUCCCAGCUUAGAUUCAGACUCACAUUUUGCCCCCACAGACAGAACCCACGUGGGUAAACUAGCUAUAUAAUCUGGUUUUUCUGAAAUGGCACUAAUAAUUGGGUGUUCUGGGUGGUUGUUUUUACUGAAAUGAUUAUGUUUGGUCUGAGAUCUGGGUUUGGUGACUUCUUCAAUGACUCCAGAGAGAGUGUGGUGAUGGGUUUCCUGAGAUCUGGCCUCUGAAGGCUGUUAUUGCCCAUUUCACCCUCAGCGAGGCGUUUCGACAUCGAAGAAAUGGCUACUGAUCUGAACACGCAAUUAUCCGCCGAGACUCCCAUUUUCGGUCUCAAAGUCUGGGAAUUGGUUGGGAUCAUUGUUGGUCUACUAAUUGUAGUUAUCCUUUUUGCAUUAACCUUCUAUCUUACUUCGCGGAAGAAAUCACAGAAAGCUAGAAACCAUAUUCCUCUUAGCCAGAUCCCAUCUGUUUCCAAGGAAAUUAAGGAAGUACGGGUGGAGCAAGUGUCUACAAAUGAAUUUGUUCCAGGUGAUGGGAUUCUUCUCACCAUUCAUGACAAAUCCAGUGAUAAAGAAUCAGAUAAGGUUAUGGUCCAUCUGGGUAUGGGGAAAACAAAGGAUGGCGAUAACUACAGUUAUUCGGAUUCAUUUCGCCAUUUGGAUAAAGAUGGUGGAGGGUCUCAAUCUGGGGAAGAAGUGAGCUCUGGCAACUUUAGUGUGUAUAAACCUUCUUCAUCACAUGCAAUAACUGCACCUUCUCCUCUAAUUGGCCUUCCUGAGUUUUCUCAUUUGGGUUGGGGCCACUGGUUUACAUUAAGGGAUCUUGAACUUGCAACUAACCGAUUUUCAAAGGAGAAUGUUCUUGGUGAGGGUGGAUAUGGUGUUGUUUAUCAGGGACGUUUGAUCAACGGGAAUCCAGUGGCAGUCAAGAAGCUCCUGAACAAUCUGGGCCAAGCGGAGAAGGAAUUUAGAGUGGAAGUUGAAGCUAUUGGCCACGUGAGGCAUAAAAAUCUAGUGCGGCUUUUGGGCUACUGCAUUGAGGGAACUCAUAGGUUGUUAGUAUAUGAAUAUGUCAACAACGGCAAUUUGGAACAAUGGCUUCAUGGAGCUAUGCGCCAGCAUGGACAUCUUACUUGGGAGGCCAGAAUGAAGGUUCUCCUUGGCACGGCUAAGGCUCUUGCCUACUUGCAUGAGGCAAUUGAGCCAAAAGUGGUGCACCGAGACAUUAAGUCGAGCAAUAUAUUGAUUUGUGACGACUUCAAUGCCAAGGUUUCUGACUUUGGCCUUGCCAAGCUACUUGGUGCUGGGAAAAGUCACAUCACAACUCGGGUUAUGGGAACCUUUGGAUACGUAGCUCCUGAAUAUGCAAAUACUGGCCUUCUGAAUGAAAAGAGUGAUGUUUACAGCUUCGGGGUUGUUCUUCUGGAAGCCAUUACAGGACGAGAUCCGGUGGACUAUGGUCGUCCUGCUCAAGAGGUAAAUCUGGUUGAUUGGCUGAAAAUGAUGGUUGGAAACAGGCGGUCAGAGGAAGUGGUAGACCCAAGCAUUGAAACCAGGCCAUCUACAAGAGCCCUUAAACGAGCCCUUCUGACUGCUUUGAGAUGUGUUGACCCUGAUUCUGACAAGAGACCUAAGAUGAGCCAAGUUGUUCGUAUGCUUGAAUCAGAGGAAUAUCCCAUACCAAGAGAGGAUCGAAGGCACCGAAGAAGUCAAGCAGGUAGCACGGAGAUCGAAUCCCAGAGGGAGAAUUACGACACCGACAAGAGUGACAAUCCGGAUCUAAGGUCAGACAGUAGAAGAAACCACAGAAUAUAACCAAACCUAGUCAUUCUUUUAGCGGUUCAGGGAUCAUGAAACUGUAAUGGUAAUUCUUACCACCCGUUCAACCUUCUGAAAUAUUCGUAUGAGCUGUUUCGAAGAGGAAAAGACUCUCAGGGAUGGAUGGGAGGGAAUGCUUCUUCUUUUCUAUUUUUGGGCUUUUAAGUAGAUUGAGAGAUGAUUGUUUAAUGCGUGGAAGUGGUGAGACAUUGUGUAAAACCAAGACCAUUGAGUGUGUGUACAGGUUCUUUAAGCUGUUAUAUAUUGUUUCUUGAAA